CCAUGCAUCAUAUUUUCAUAUGGGCAUGUACAAUCACCAAUCACCCAGACACAAGCCAACUGAACCCACCCUCCACCCGCAGUGAUGUGCAUAUCGCCCCCUACAGGCAGGAUCAGGAUUUGAACCUCGACACCACAGCGUGGUGCCUCAACCAAACUAGCCACCCAGCAGCCCCAACCCGCUCUGACAUCAUGCAUGGUAACAUCGUCCGCAAUGACAUCAUACAUGAUGACAUCACGCACAAUGACAUCACGCAUAAUGGCGGGUUCAGAACUGGAUGAGUGAGAAAACGUGGCGUGAUGUGAUUCCAAAGCAGCUCGCACGGAGACGAUGAGUAUCCAGAGCCUCUACAGAACAUUCUUUUAUUUGCAUUUAUUCCCCGUUAUAAAGAUAGAUAUUAUUUUUUUAAUGUUGUGCCAGUGCUCCUCGCUUUGGGUGCAGAGGUCACAAGUUGCCACAGGAGACAGUUACUACCAAAAAGAUUAAUUCUUUUGCUUAAAUGUUUUGCGAUGUGCUUCCAACUCUGUUUUGAAAAGAGAUUCUCACUUCACUGACCAGGCAUGACUCUGGACUGACACAAUUCUGCCACCUAGUGGAUAAACGUGGUGGCACAGGCAUUUCCUCCUUUAUGACCUGUCUUCCCAGGUGCAUUUCUCUGUUCACCGUUGCCUGGCUUAGUCUGCCCUGUGAAACGCUGACUGAUCAGGGGAAUAUUUCCGGCACUAAAUCUGCACAUUGAUCCUGACGCCUCCGCGGAUUGUUCUCGUUUCAGACCUGAAUUGAGCUCGUUAGAGAGCAAUAAUGAGCCUGGCAUCAUGCGCGGAAUGUUCCAGGUCCUGCACGCCAAUUAUCUCUGUCAGUUACGUGCAGGAUCACUGCGCGAUAAGUCUUUCAUUCAUUCCAUCUUUUAUAUUUAUUAUACAUUUUUUAUACCCACUUCAUUUUCUCCAUAAUUUACAAUCACUGCUCUUUAUUGUUACCAUUGUGACAUCACACUUGGGCACUGUUCUGAAGCCCUCACCCAUGAGCCAGUGACUAUUUAACACCAUACAGGCCACACAAUACUACAGGAGAGUCACUGACUGUUUUACACCCUACUGGCCACACAGUGCUACAGGAGAGCCAUUGACUAUUUUACACCAUACAGGCCACACAGUGCUACAGCAGAGCCACUGACUAUUUUACACCCUACUGGCCACACAGUGCUACAGGAGAGCCACUGACUAUUUUACACCAUACUGGCCACACAGUGCUACAGGAGAGCCAGUGACUAUUUUUCCCAUGGCAUGUUUGAAAAUCCAGGCCUGUGAUUGGUCCUCUGUGGGUGGGCCUGAAAAUGUUUUCUCUGUGACGGAUGCAUGAUGCUAGAAAUAGUGAGGGUUAAGAUGGUGAACGCUGAGCAUGUUUAAAUUGGAUGUUUUGGUCUUUGUUCCCUGCUUUCAUGGUUUCCCAUUGCCAUGGUCCCUGCUCUUCCCUAAUUAACUCCAGCGAAGGUAAUUAGUGAAUACCCCAAUCAAGGUGUUUAUAUUUUUACUUCUUUCAUCCUCAGUGGCAGGACAUUCCUCACAUUUCCCCCCUUUUUGUUGUUGUUUUGUUGCUCUGCUAUUGAAUGAACCUCUAACGUCAUAUUCAGAGAAUAAGAUGAGUGUGCAUGCUCGUGUGUGUAUGUGUGUGUGCAUGCUCGUGUGUGUGUUAUUUGUUUACGGGUUUAAGUACUGCACUCCGGUCAGGGAUCGUCCAUGCGUGACGAAGCCCGGUGUUUGAGUUAAGGAUGAAUCGAUUUGCUGCUUCGCUGCUGCUCGCAGCGGGAAUCAUCGGCCGCUUCGCGCCCAGAACCGUCACCUGCGCGGGAGGCCACGGAUCGGCCGCCACGUUCGCCCAGCGCGUGGGACGACUACCGGUCUACCCAGAGGCAAUGCAAGAGUCCGAGAGAGCGAGAAGUCUCGAGAUGGACGAUUUUAAAGUCCAAGAGGUUCCCGACGACACCAUGGGUAGCACUCCCAUUAUACUCAAACUGUACCCCCCCGUGGCGAAACCGGCGCUGCUCCAUGCCAACCUGCCGCUGCGGUUCGGCCGUUCCUCGCCGCGGGCGGCCGCGCGGAUGCUCCAGUUCCCGCUCAGUCUGACCCGGCGCUUCGGAAGGUCGCCGGAGACAGAUUCGCCCAUCGCGCUCCCGUGCCACCAGUGUGCCCGCAUGGGCGGCGUGGCAUCGCCUUCAGCCACGCUCCCGCAAAGGUUCGGCAGAACCAACCGUUUCGACUCCAGACCUGCGCGCACCCUGGCGAAGUUCGCGCGUGGGAUUGCUGCCCAGCUGCAAAGAAGAUCCCAGGCCCGUGGUUUGAGUUUUGUGAAUGACGUCAGAGAGGAAGAUAUUCUGAAUAUUCCGAAGGAUAUAGAAGCAUCCAGCAGUCCAGCUUCCGACUGACCUAGCACCCGCAGUGAAUGCGGAAUUAUGUUGUCACAGGUCGCGCGUGUUUCCCUUUGUUUAUAAAAUUUAAAACAUGGAUCUUGUCAUGUUGUAAAAAAGAAGACUUCUCAAUGUAUAAUAUUAAUAAAAAGUGUGACAGUC